CAAGCAGUUCUGUUAGUUCUCAAGUUUGUUUGCAGAGUUUAACCCCAUUAGAAGGUGAACUAGAGACCAGCAACAACCAAAUAGCAGAACUUCCACAGUGCUGCACAAGCCCUUCAGUUUCAGAACUUUUAGUUGCAUCAAAUCAGGAGCUUUCACUCAAAAACAGCAACGUGUUUCCUCACACACACACACACAGAAAAGACAGAAACAGACAGAGAGAAGGGGACCGGACAGACUAACCCUCAGCUUGUAGCUGGAAAGGUUGUGUCUUUCCCGGAGAUGAAGAUUCAGUUCGCUCCGCUAAACAUCCCGCUGCGGAGGAGACUCCAGACAGCUGCUGUGCUGCAGUGGGUCUUCUCUUUCCUGGCGCUAGGUAAGUCUCUCUCUCUGUCAGGGUAUGUGUUGCUGUGCGUCUCUGAUUGGUGGGUUCUGGCUGCGCUGUAUGCUGGUUGGCUGUAUCUGGACAGGGACACACCCACAAGCGGGGGUCGGAGGUCAGAGUGGCUUCGGAACUGGAGCGUCUGGAAACACUUCAGAGACUACUUCCCUCUCAAUCUCAUAAAGACGGUGGAUCUGGACCCAGCUUCUAACUACAUCUUUGGGUUCCAUCCCCAUGGUGUUCUGGUGGCAGGGGGUUUUGGGAACUUCUGUACAGAGGCGUCAGGGUUCUCCUCGCUGUUCCCCGGGCUGACCCCCUACCUCCUGAUGCUGCCAUUCUGGUUCAGAGUACCCUUCUUCAGGGACUACAUCAUGUGUGGAGGUCUGGUAUCCAGUGAGAAAGCCAGUCUGUCCUACCUGCUCUCAGCUUCUAGAGGAGGUAAUGUGGCGGUGGUGGCUGUAGGGGGCGCUCCAGAGGCUCUAGACGCCCGGCCAGGAGCUCUCACCCUUCAGAUUCUAAACCGCAAGGGAUUCAUCAAACUGGCACUAAAACACGGGGCUCAGUUAGUACCUGUGUUCUCUUUUGGGGAGAAUGAGCUCUUCGACCAGAUGACCAACCCUGCCGGCUCGCCGCUCCGCUGGCUACAGGACCACCUGCAAAGGCUCAUGGGAGUGGCACUGCCGCUGUUCACCGGGAGAGGAGUGUUCCAGUACAGCUUUGGUCUACUGCCCUACAGACAGCCCAUACACACUGUUGUGGGUAGGCCUAUUCCAGUGGUCCAGACCCCCUCUCCCACUAAGGAUGAUAUAGACGGUCUCCAUUCUCUCUACCUGGAGGGCCUCACUACGGUGUUUGAAGACAACAAGGACAACUACGGCAUUGCACCAGACAAACACCUCCACUUCAUCUAGACACACAUCUGUGUGAAGAGUUGUUCACACGUAUAAUCAGAAGAAAAAUAAGAUUUACAGAUGAACCCAAAGAUGCUGCAAUACCUUGUAGAGUUCUAGCUGGAGGUUAGGGUUCUGUAGGGUUUUAUAAAACACCUUGUAGAGUUCUAGCUGGAGGUUAGGGUUCUGUAGGGUUUUAUAAAACACCACAAUAUGUUGCAGAGCGAUUUGCCUGCUGUGGGGCAAGGAGACCCCCAGCUCUGCUAAAACCACUGACAACUGCGUGCCAUUUUCAAGGAAUUGUUAAAUAAAUGUUGUAAUAUCAGCAUCUCUUGAAGAGCUUAGUCAGAAAAUCAAAUGUCAGAUUAUUCCAUGCAUGUAGCUCUAUCAUCAGAGUUAUACAGCAAGAAACUGCUUUCAUGAUCAGUAAACAUCAACGAUCAUGUAGUUUCAGAGACGGGUAGCCUAUCUAUAUCUAUAUCGGCAACCGUUAAUUGGAUAUUUGAGUGAUAUGAAAUACACUGAACAAAAAUAUAAUCGCAACAUGUAAAGUGUUUGUCCAAUGUUUCAUGAGCUAAAAUAAAAGAUCCCAGAAAAUG